AUCCCAGCCUGGCUGGCGCCCAACAUGGGCUGGUGUAAAGAAGGAACCUGGCCUCAAGGCUCCAGGCCCUGGCUAGAGGGAGCGGGGAGUCUGGACUUCAGGCUGGGUCCCUUCCUCUUCCUGGAGCGGGUGCCGGCCCCCAACCCGCUUGCGUCAGGGACAAAAGGACUCCUUCCCUUUCCAGCCUGGAAAGCCCCUCUGCUGCAGGCUGGAGGAAGGGACCCUGGGCCCAGCCUAUAGUCAGUGGCGUCUAUGGGCAUGGAUCUGGACGGGGAGAAGGACAAAGCAGCCUCCAUCCACAGUUCAUUCCGGGACCAGGCCCUUGCAGGCGCGCGCUGGGCUCUUGUGGGAAGACGCUAAGGGCCCCAGGACAGACCUCGUCUCUGGGCAUCCGGGUUCCUAGAUGGCAGAGGUGGCAGAGUGGGGUGGGGUGGCCCAAUUGGGAGCCUUAGCCUCCGGCAAAGAGCUGAGCACAGCACAUCUGCAAUGUGUAAGAUUCUCCUGGGAGACCAGGGCCCAGCUGGCGGUGAGCUGGGGGAAGUGGGUGCUGCUGCGGUGGGAGGAGCCACCUGGCCCUCUGGGGAAGUGUACUCGCUGUCCGCAGUGCCCAGGCCUGGGUAGCUGGGUGGGGGCUGGGGGGGCAUCUCCGCUUAGGGUGCCCGCACCUGGGCCUUCUCUGCCCUGGACCAAGCCUGCCCGCGCCUCCCCGUCCUCUGCCUGCCCAGGUGGACAUCUCUGGGCCUCUCUGGAGACCAGUGGGCUGGGCUGGGGGUCGUUGUAUUGCCCUGGCUUGGCACUCCUCUUGUGGCUGUACCCCUCCCAGCAGCCCCAGGACUAGCAAGUCCCCGAGAUGGGGGUGGGGACAGUGGUUGAUGCCAAAGGUUGUGGGGGCAGGGGCGGGGCAGGAGCAGGAAGGUCCCCUGAGUUCCCUCACCUUGGGCAGAGAUAAAAGGAGCACAGUUCCAGGCGGGGCUGAGCCAGGGCGCAGCUGUGAUUUCAGGGCACCUCUGGCGGCUGCUGUGAUUUGAGAAUCUCGGGUCUCUUGGCUGACUGAUCCUGGGAGACUGUGGAUGAAUAAUGCUGGGCACGGCCCCACCCGGAGGCUGCGGGGCUUGGAGGUCCUGGCCGGGAUGGCUCUGCUCGCUGCCCUCUGGCUCCUGUGGCUGCUGGGGUCAGCCCCUCGGGGUACCCCGGCACCCCAGCCCAUGAUCACCAUCCUUGUCUGGCACUGGCCCUUCACUGACCAGCCCCCAGAGCUGCCCAGCGACACCUGCACCCGCUACGGCAUCGCCCACUGCCACCUGAGUGCCAACCGAAGCCUGCUGGCCAGUGCCGACGCCGUGGUCUUCCACCACCGCGAGCUGCAGACUCGGCGGUCCCACCUGCCCCUGGCCCAGCGGCCGCAAGGGCAGCCCUGGGUGUGGGCCUCUAUGGAGUCGCCUAGCCACACCCACGGCCUCAGCCACCUCCGCGGCAUCUUCAACUGGGUGCUGAGCUACCGGCGUGACUCGGACAUCUUUGUGCCCUAUGGCCGCCUGGAGCCCCACGGGGGGCCCUCCCCACCGCUGCCAGCCAAGAGCAGGGUGGCUGCCUGGGUGGUCAGCAAUUUCCAGGAGCGGCAACUGCGUGCCAGGCUGUACCGGCAGCUGGCGCCUCAUCUGCGGGUGGAUGUCUUUGGCCGUGCCAAUGGACGGCCACUGUGCGCCGGCUGCCUGGUGCCCACCGUGGCCCAGUACCGCUUCUACCUGUCCUUUGAGAACUCUCAGCACCGUGACUACAUUACGGAGAAAUUCUGGCGCAACGCACUGGUGGCUGGCGCUGUGCCAGUGGUGCUGGGGCCCCCACGGGCCACCUACGAGGCCUUCGCGCCGGCUGAUGCCUUUGUGCACGUGGAUGACUUUGGCUCAGCCCGAGAGCUGGCGGCUUUCCUCACUGGCAUGAACGAGAGCCGAUACCGACGCUUCUUUGCCUGGCGUGACAGGCUCCGCGUGCGACUGUUCACCGACUGGCGGGAACGUUUCUGCGCCAUCUGUGACCGCUACCCGCACCUGCCCCGCAGCCAAGUCUAUGAGGACCUUGAGGGCUGGUUUCAGGCCUGAGCUCCGCUGGCCGGGGGAGGUGGGUGUGGGUGGAAGGGCUGGGUGUCGAAAUCAAACCACCAGGCAUCCGGCCCUUACCCGCAAGCAGCGGGCUAACGGGAGGCUGGGCACAGAGGUCAGGAAGCAGGGGUGGGGGUGCAGGUGGGCACUGGAGCAUGCAGAGGAGGUGAGAGUGGGAGGGAGGUAACGGGUGCCUGCUGCAGCAGUCGGGAGGGGAAAGGCUGCCGAGGACCCUCCCUACCCUGAACAAAUCUUGGGUGGGUCAAGGCCUGACUGGAAGAGGGUGAAAGGCAGAGCCCUUGGGGCUGGGGGCACCCCAGCCUGCAGUUUGUGGGGGCCAAACCUGGGACCCCGAGCUUCCUCUGUAGCAGAGGCACUGUGGUCCCCGAGACACAGGCACAGGUCCCCGCCACAUCCACAGUUCUGAGGUCCCUGUGUGUAGGCUGGGGCAGGGCCCAGGAGACCACGGGGAGCAAACCAGCUUGUUCUGGGCUCAGGGAGGGAGGGCGGUGGACAAUAAAGGUCUGACCAGUG